UGCAAUCCCACGCUCUACUGGUGCCUCAUCAGCAGCCGCCGCCCUCAGCCCGAGACCAGCCUCGCAGCCAUGGCGUUCAAUGGAACCUGGAAGGUCGACCGCAACGAGAACUACGACAAGUUCAUGGAUCAGAUGGGCGUCAAUGUCGUGAAGCGCAAGCUGGCCGAACACGACAACCUCAAGAUCGUCAUCGAGCAAACCGGGGACAAGUUCCACAUCAAGGAGUCCAGCACAUUCCGCACCAAAGACAUCGACUUCACGCUGGGCGUCAACUUCGAAUACACCCUGGCCGACGGCACCGAAGUCUCGGGUGCGUGGGAGAUGGACGGCGACACGAUGAAAGGCAAAUUCACCAGGAAAGACAACAGCAAGGUCCUGACCACCACCAGAUCGCUGGUGGGCGGGGAGCUGGUGCAGACUUACAGCUACGAAGGCGUGGACGCCAAGAGGAUUUUCAAGAAGCAGUAACCUCAACCCUGGAGUUUAUGUGCUUUUGUAUAGAUGACACAGUAUGGAUUUUUUUUUUUUUUUUUUUUGUAACAAUAGAACAUGGCCAAGUUGAGUGUUUUCUCAUGAUGUUUUAUAAUAAAUACCUCAAAAAUAUUGGCAUUUUACAUAGUUGGUAGAUGAAUUAUUAUCAUCACAGUGCUGUGUGUAUCCACUCCUCUGCAGCCUGCAGUGAAGGACGUCUUCAAAAGGCCUUCUUAAUACACUCAAGUGAGCUGAUGACUAACUGUAAGUGUGGUUCUGUGCACUGAGCAGGAACGUUGACUGUCUCUUGAGAUAUUUUGAUUUGUCUCAAAUGCUUUCACUCCGCUUUGUGACUCUCUGGCAGCGUCCAUACAGGCUGAAGAUGUAUAUGUUUCUUAUUGCCUUGAAGAAUGCUGCAUAAAAUAUCCAAAAGAAGUGAGUGGAAAGCAUUAUAUUUCAGUAGGCUUCACAAUCUGACACACACUUCUGAUUGGUUAAACCAAGAUUGUCAUGUUUGGCAGGAACCCUGUGAUUAAACUUGACUUGUUUACACCCUCAGAACAUCAGUCCCACAUUGAACCUGCACAAAAAUAAACUUCUACGACGUGAACCACAUUAGAUGUUAAAUAUCUUUUAAGAAGUUGGGAGAAAAGUCGAUUUGCACUCAUGAUCUCUGUACCAUGUUUUACAAUAAAGCAACUUUCAUGU